AUGUCCUCUGGUUCUUCAAACAUAUCUUCUUACGGUGCUAAUCUAAAUUGUGGGAGUUUCAAAACCUACGUUUCGAUCCAGAAUACAAGUCAACCAAUUCCUAUUGAAACUCUUAACUUAGCUUACAAAUGUGGGGUGUAUUAUUCCGCUAGCCAAACUGAUGAUGCCCAAAGCUUGGAUAUCCCAACCAACCUACUUGCCAACUCUAGCCAGUUCACCGUGCCAUCGCCAGUGAUCGCCAAUUCAUCGUACUUUGGGUAUCAGUGUAAUGCCAAUUCUUCCUCGAACUACUCCUACUACUCUUCUCUUGAAUCAGGAGCCAACAAUAAUCCAUUCCCAUAUGUCGAUAUUUAUGAAUGUGGCCAAAAUUUUUUCGCGGACUACCCAGGCAAGCAUAACACCGAAGAAAGCAGUGGGGUUUCAUUAAAACAGGAAAACUCUUUGAUCUUGUCAUUUGUUUCAUUAUUGGUGUUAUCCAGUCUUUUCAUUUGA